AUGGCGGCGACGGUGGCGACAGUGGCGACGGCGCCGACAAUGGAGACAACAAAGACUCCGACGGUGGAGGUGACGAGGACGACAGCGGCAAAAACGCCGCUGGAAGAAGAGCUGCAGAAGGAGAGAGAGAACAGCAGAAUGCUCUCCUCUCAAAUCUCUCAACUGGAGAAUCAGUUAGAGAAAAUGCAGCAGCAGCUACAGGAGUUGCAACAGCAAUUCCAGCAGCAACAUCAGCAGCCUGCGCCGCAGCGCGAACCUCCGCAGCAGCAGCCGCCCGCGCCGCAGCAGCGGCCGCCAUCGGGGAAGCAGCCGCCAACAGAGAAGGCGCAUCCACAGACGUUGGAGCAGCGGCUGGCCGGGUUCCAGGAAAGCAUCCUGGCCCGGAUGGCGUCGUUCGCGGCGGAUCUGCUGGGGACGCAGCCCCUGCAGCAGCAGCCGAAGCGGAAGCUGAAACUCUCCCAGAAGCAGCGAGAGCGGCAGCUGGACCUGUUGCAUCUGAUGCAGGAGUUGAUGCAUCUGAUCCAGCAGCAGCAGCAACCGCAACAGGACCAACAGUGGGAGCAGCGGGAACGGCAGAGGCAGCCCUCUCAACUGCGGCGACAGCGGGUCGCGCAGCAGCAGCAGCAGCAGCGGGUGGAGAACCCUCGGCCGCAGCCAACGACGACGGCGACAGCGCCCGAGCCCAGGCCAGCCUUUACGGCCGAGGGGUACCCCGCCCUGCCACAGGCCAGUGCGCCGGUGGAGGAUCUGUCCAGCUGGGCGGUCGUGGCGCGGCACCGCCCCCGCACGGCCCGGGAAGCGCCGACUGCCAGUGCGUCUCGUCCGCAGCAGCAGCAACAGCAGCAGCGCCCAUCGCAGCGGGGCUGGAGCAGCCGUCUCCAGCGUGAUGUCGUGAGGGUCGCGCCGGUAGAGGGCGAGUCGUACGCAUCGCUUUUUGCCAGAGUGCGGGGCAGCGAAGCGGUCAAGCUGGCCCAGCGGAGGGUGCACCAGAGCUCCCAGGGCCACAUGCUUGUGGAGGUGCAACGGAGAGCUGAUGCAGCGGAGUGCGCCGCAACCAUCCGCGCGCUGGUUGGGGAGGCUGGCAGCACCACCCUGCUAGGCCCGAAGGCGACGGUGAUCGCCAACGGCCUCGACCACGAGGCCACACCAGAGCUGGUGGCAGCGGGACUGUCGGCGCUGCUGCCAAAUGGCGAGGCCGUCGAUCCGGCCAGCGUGCACCUGCGGAUGCACCCCAACGCCACCCAGAAGGCGAACGUGGUGCUGCCCGCCCGGCUGGCGGCGCAGUUGGCGGAAAAGCGUCUCCUGCUGGGGAUGGCCAGCGUCAGGCUGCACGUGGCGGAGCCAGUCCCACGUGAGGAGGAGCGGUGCUACCGGUGCCACCUGCGUGGGCACCGCAAGCAUCAGUGCCAAGGCGAGGACCGGUCGGCCCUAUGCCUGCGAUGCGGCGACACUGGGCACCGGCGCGGGCAGUGCUCGGCCGACAGGCCAAAGUGCGCCGUGUGCGGGGGAGCGCACAGCACCGGCUCCGCCAUCUGCGGGGGUGUUGCUCCACAGUGA